CAACCAAAACGAAUUGCACGAUGUUACUGUUUAGAUGCGUCACCCAUCUGUCUCUCUUGAGGGUGACCAAACAAGUCCCGUCGGUCGAGUCGACCGACGCGACGCCGCCGCCUUCGAGAGGACAGACAUCGAUCGCGCGAUCGAGACCUCGAGACGAAAGAUCUACGUUCCUCUCCUCGCUCGGAGCAAUCAAAGCUGCGAGAAAAAGAAGGGACGAGAGAAAGAGAAAUAUUGCUCAAUAAUCAGACAGGAACGAAAAGAGAAAAUGCACUGCGAAGCGAAUAGAAAAAUCCACAUGGAAUUCGGUGAGGUCGAAACAGGCGCCAUGGUUAUCAAGUGGCUGGAGAUAAUUAACGAGAGUUGCAUCGAGCAUACUUACGAAGCCCGAAGAGAUGCAACUACUAAUCCGCUGGAUCACGUGUUCGAAUUAUGCGGCUACUCGUGGUCUUUGCUUCCUGGCCAGACGUACAAGUGCAAAAUAUACUAUCGGCCGUUCGUGCCAUUGGCCGAAAACAUCGAUUACUUUACGAUCGAAAACUCGGCUGGCGAACGCUUAAAAAUCCAAGUCCGUGGAACGUGCAUCGGACCUGUAGUUUCUUCAUCCGCCACGAAAUUAGUCAUGGUGUGCACGAACGAGUGUCGCGAGGCGAAGAAACGGAUCAGGCUCAUCAACGAUUCGAAAGUUACGGCGACUUUCAUGUUCGACGUUGAUCCGCUUCAGGGGCCAUUCCAAGCGAAUCCGCAACAGGGACAAAUCGGGCCCCGUUCUCGCAAGUGCGUGACGAUUACCUUCGCGCCUCGGGAGAACGGGCUCUACACAUGCCAUUUUCCGUGCUUAAUCCUGAAUCAUGUAAAAUUAUGAAAAAUUUUGAAUUUUUUAUGACUACUCUGAUGGAAAUAAUUAUUGAAAUUGUAAUGAAUAACAUUGAAAUAUUAUUUAAUUAUAUUUGAAAAUCUCUUUCAAUUGACCCACCUUUACAGUAUUAUUUCAUUAAGAUUUCAAUAUAAAUUUCAAUAUAAAAUUCAAUAUAAUUGUAAUUAUAAAGAAAUAAAUGAUUUUAAAAUUUUUUAAUAAUCCUAAAUAUUGUAAACUUAAACAUUUGUAUUACAAUUAAUUUGCAAAUAUUUAAGUAGAAACAUUUAACUGAAAACUUAACUUAAUAUUGUUUAUUUUUGUUUCAUUAUUUUUUUAACAUUUUUAUUAUUUAUCCUUAUAUAGAAUUCAGUACAUUAUACAACCCUUGUUAAUAAAUUUGUAUAAAUAUUAUAUAUACAUAUAUAUUACAAUUAUUUUUAUUUUUUUUCAACAUUUUUAAUUAUCUUUAGAAUUCAUAGUAUAUUACAACAAAUUUUUUAUGUUCAAUUUU